AUGGCCAAAGGUUCUCAAUCCUCCACUUCAACAGCCACGCGACCAAUACUAGCAGGCAUGGCUCCCCGCGGUUUCGCCGUCGCCACAACCAGCAUGCACCGUCGUCGUCUCAACAACAGAAACAGCUCUACCAGCACCGUCAUUGGAGGCGGCAGCAGCAACAUGCUAAGGUUCUACACGGACGAUGCCCCGGGGCUGAAGAUUUCAUCAACGGUGGUGCUCGUGAUGAGCUUCUGCUUCAUCGGCUUCACCGCGCUCCACGUGUUCGGCAAACUCUACCGCUCCAAAUCUGGUGGCGCCGUUUGA